GAAGGGGUGAAAGAAAAGUGUUAGCAAGGAGGAGUAAGAGAGCCAGGAGAGUGAAGGAAGCAGUGAGAAUAAGUAAGCGAGGGACUCCAGAGAAUGCAGUUGAAGCCGCCAUAACAAUUCAGGAACCGAAUGACGUGUGGUACACAGCCGGGUACAGUUAGCAAGAAGGAGUAAGACUGCCAGAGUCGUUGGGAAAGCAGUCACGAAAAUUAAACGGGGAGCGUUGGUGCAGAGAAUUUGGGCGUCAAAAAACUGUUGCCCUUCCUUGAUACGAAGUGAUGCUUACACGAACUUCGUCACCCAUUCUACUUAAGCGGCCGAGGAGAGUGAUAAGUUGGCGAUCACGAGAUACAACAAUAUGCACAAUAUGCACAACUUGUCUGUUCGCAUUCUGGCUGAGGCAGAUGUUCCUUCAAAUGUGAAGGUGUCUCUGCACAGCCUCGGCAUCACCCCAGCCGACGACAACCCCAACAACCAGCGGAUGGACAUCCACGGCGUGAUCGACGGCAUUGACUACUUGCUCGGUGUCUCACCAUCGCCCACCUGCCGCCCUGACAACUCCCCCAUCCCCUUCCACCGGACACUCAAUCGGCGGAGUGCACAACUCCCGGGUGGCAAGACGGUGCAGCUUGGAGAGAAAGACAAGAUCGAGAAGUAAGCAUGAGGUGAAUUCAUGCUUUCUGGCAUGUACUCGCGCGUGCAAGGCCCCACUUUGCCUGUCUUCCCCUCUCCCCAGCACAACGAGUCUUCAGACGGCUUUCCAACUGCGAUUUGCACCAACGUGCGACUGCCAUAUUGUCUCCUACCUAUGAACAUUGAUCCAUUGAAGCUUGUUUUUUGAAGCCCCCUCCCUCAUUCAAGGGGGAGGGGGCGACAUUGCAUGGUCCGCAAAGACAUCUGACUUCACACGAUGUGCAUUGACUGCAAUCACCCAUCAAAAACA